AAUUCAUCACUGGAGAGAUCAUGUGCAAGGAUGUGCAUGGAUAUCCCUAAAUUUCUGAGCGAAGGAAGGCCGUCAGAUCUUUCCAAAGGAUCUUGACAUUUGCCAAGCGCAUCUUCUUCGAAGGCAAUUCAGCAAGCAUUAGCAGUAGCAAACGCGAGCAACAAAAAAAUAAGCCAGGAAGGUACCCAACAGGCGCCUUCUCGGCAGCUCGACCAUUCCAUGCGUUCGACGCACUAAAUGGGAGCGAUCAGGGUUGGCUCAAAGGAUGCCUCCCGGUGUGUCUUGUGGCAACCAGCUGCCGACUUGGCGAACUCCUUCGUUUUGACCUACCAGGGCCCAGGGCCUUCCAACAGUGGCUAAACAAAAUGCGCACGUGUGCUUCACUGGUAUUAGGAAGGUGUUGACAGGGUGGGUUACCCGGAGACGAAAAGGUCAUUGAACCCUAGACUCCCCAGUGAAGGGGCCAAUGGAUCCCCAACAUGCAACAACAGGAACCUGGCGCCUCAGUAAUAGUUUGUCAGCGUGUUGUUCGUGCCUCUGAAACGCGCCACAAAACACCUGGCUGAGGACCUGCUGCACACCACACACAACCAAUGGGUCCAACCAAUGGGUCCAGGGGGUCCAGCCGUGAAUGGCCGGAGACCCCCUGGACUGGGUCGCGUGACGAUGUGCGGCAGCAGGUUAACGUUAACGGAAGAUGCUCAGAUCCAGGAAGACUUCAUUGCCUCCCCAGGCCUCAGUUUUUUUUUGCUUCGAGGUCUUCUCCAAUGGGUGUAUUUUUUGGAUGCAAGUAUUUUGCGUUCCAUCACACAAAAAGGAUUGCCGGGAGCUUCCCUCAAUGUUCUCCUCAGCAGGCUUUCUUUAGGGCUGCCAGGCGCGGCAUGCGUAUAGGAUGGUAUAGGACCAGGAUGGUAUACGCAAGUAUGUGAUACGGUGUUUUGAUGUGUGUGUGUGUGUUCAUUUAUUUUUUAAGACCUGACCGACCUGUUGGGAAAGUCGAGGCUGGAAGCACCUGGAAGGCUGAAGGAUCGUGGCUGGAAGCACCUGAAAUUCCUGUCUUUGCUGCGAUGGCCUCCACCCUAAUAGCGAUGGCCUCCAACUAUUUCUUUGCUGCGUUUCGCCACAGGGUCAACCUUCUCGAUUGCCUGAAGGAGUGGGGGGACGAGUAGCUUGGUCUUGGCAUGGUUGGGGUGGUUUCGUGAAAUAAUCUAGAAAAACAUCCACGAAGCAGGUUCUGCUCAGUGGCUACGGGGUGACGUCAAAUGUACCAUCUCAGUCGAAGAAACUCGCCUGGUAACAAAUGAAUGUAUACAAAAGCAGGUGUGGUUUGCUCUCCCGGUUCAUGUCGUUAUUGGAUCCUGUUACCACAUCAGCAGCCACUCCUGUGGCUUCAAAGACCCUGCCAAAAAGUCACGGGCAACAAUUGAUGGGUCCUUAUCUGAAACACGGGCGGAGUCAAACAAAAUUACUCAUACGUGUGACUGAUACACAUGACUCAUAUGAUCCUCAGAAUCUGGUUUUCCUGUAUUAUUUGAGGUUCCUCGAAACGACCCCUCAAAAGCCACUGGUCUUUCACGGCCUUUCAAUCUGAGUCCAAAAUAGCAAGUGCUUUUUGGGGGGGAAUAUAUGUAAACAUGUCGAUCCUCAUCCAAUUGUGUGAAACAGCUGGAUUUCUUGACGCUCGGUUUAUCUCGGUUUGAGGAUCUCUAGAGCCGGGGCUGGGCAUGUGAUCCUGAUCAAAACCGUUGUAGUUGCCAAUGAAGCGAAUCCUCUCCACGGGAGAACUGGCCGCCCCUAUUUGUUUUUCACUUGGCUGGUCUCACCGCAUCAAUCAUACAUCAUAAUCAAUCAUAUACAAUCCAUCGAAAUAGGAUUGUUGAACUGAGUGGAGGUCCUGACGUGACUUGAUGUCCGUUGAAAUGCAAUGACUCCGCCCUGGGACUGCAGAAAAGAUCCGUCCCAAAACACACCCAAAUUCUAAAUCGUGGUCUGGAAAACCUACUGUAAAGGGAUCAAUUGCCCAUGUGCUGCGCCCCAAAGACCUACGCGCCUCCGGGUUGGAGGCAGAUAAGUCUUGGCCGGAAUGGGAGGUUGAACGCUUGGACUUCUUCUCCUUCUUCAAGGAGCUUCUAUUUGUUUGGGCCCGCGGAUGUUGGUGAGCGAAUCUGGAACGAGAGGCGUUUUGAUCAUUGUGCUAGAUUGACAACUGGUGAUCCUGCUCAGAAAAAGGCGACAUAUCAAGGGGUUCACCACCUUUGUCGAUUCCAGGGUCUCAUUUUGGAGGCAAAGCCAUCAAAGAACAUAGACUCUUGGGUCAUCCAAAGGCCCACGGACCGUGUGGGCCUUGCGCCCAAUCUGCGAUGCAGCAGGUGUUUCUUCAGCCGGACUAAAUCCUGAACUCUGUUAGGAAGUUGCUGUGAGGUCCAUUCGCAGCAGGGGAAGUGGGACUUCUUCCUUGCAGAGGCCUAGGAACAAGGAUGCUACUAGGAGCAAAGGGCAUCGCUACUAGGAACAAGUGCAUAGCUUCUAGUAACAAGUGCCUUACUAC